AUGUCUUCAGCCGACGAUCAGUACGAACAGCAGAACGACUUUGUCGGAGGUGACGUUCCUGCCGGCGACUCCAAGGAGAAUAGCUAUAUCAGUCGCACUGGCCAGCGCCAUAUUCCCGUCCAAAAGGAUGAGAUGCCUGUCGAGGAUCCCAUUGACCCUGUCAAAGCAGACUCGGAUGAAUAUCUCGCCCAAGAUGAGCGUGAAGUCAUCGAUGAUUCCAACAUAAUUGGCGAGCGCACCCGUGGUGCUCGUCCUCGAGGCACCUACCGUGAGCCUGGUGAUGAUGAGGGUAUGCCAAACGACACGUACUGA